AUGCUCAAGUGUCUUGUUUAUAUACCAAAGUCUCAUUUGCCAAAAUGUCACACCAGAUUGGCCCACCACACCCAGCACUAUAAGCCAAAUCAAUUUCAAAAAAGGUUUCAAAGCAACAUUGAGCAAUUUACGUCCAAUUCACAGACCAAGCCUGAACCCAUCUUGACAGAGCUUGUCUACGGCAGAAAGCGUAUCUACACUAGCUUGCAGACGAUUGGCAAAACCAAGUCAGCGACUGCAUCCAAGGGACGCAUUGCUGCACCUGUCACUACUUCGCCCAUGUCUUGGGAAUGGAUCCAGCCCGCAGAAGAUACGAAUAAGACGAAACGAGAAUGGUAUCAGCUCAGGCAGAACAACAGCGGCUUUAGUGCGUUCAAUUCAAUGAAACAAAACAUGAGAGAAAUGUUCUUGCCAGUGGGAUAUCCCGAAUCAGUGCAUGAUUGCUACAAAAAGUUCCAUGCUUGGUUGUUUUUGGAGACAUAUGUUGGAUCUGCGAUUGGUGUGCUGUGCUCACAAGCGAUGCUGGCUUCAUUGGGGCUGGGCACAAUGGAAGCCACUGGAGGUGCUGUUGCAAUUCAAUGGGUGUUGAAGGAUGGCAUAGGCGAAAUUGGUAAAUUGUUCUUUAUCAAGAGAUAUGCUAGCUCUUUUGAUUCACAUCCAAAGACGUGGAAGUUUGUUUGUGAGAUUUUCUCUACUGUGGGGUCGUUUUUGCAACUGUGUACAUCAGUAGUGACCCCCAAGCUCUUCUUACCAUUAGCAGCAGCUGGAAAUAUGUUUGAACUGAUUCACGAGAGUAUCUGGAUUGCAUCACACAUGACAUUUACAAAGCACUUUUCGCCUAACGGUAAUAUUGGUGAUAUCGUAGCCAAGGAUGAUGCCCAGAUGUCAACAGCGCAUUUGAUGGGCAUGUUGACUGGUGUGGGUCUCAUCUCAGUAUCACAUUCUCCCAUGUUUUUGUUUGGUGUAUUUGCUGUGCUGUCACCUAUCAACAUUUGGUCUACCACAAAGAUGCUUCAUGCUGCAAAGUUCGAGAUUUUGAACCAAGCAAAGUUGACACUGCUCAGUCGAGAAUUCAUUGAUUCCGGAGCUGUGGUGGAAUACGAUAAACUGAAGGAUCGUGAGAUUGGCUUUGGUGAAUGGAUCAAACCAACCUAUGGCAAAAACAAAAAGGGUAGUAUCGCAGUGAAUCUCAAGCUGGGCCCAAGCGCUGAGCAAGCGUACGGCGUUGCAGGAGAAGUCGAGGGUGUCGUUCAAGUGUUGAAGCACGAAAAUUAUCUGUUAAACUUUCACAACAACACAAUGUGGGUCAUGUUCCAUCAAGACGCAGGAUCCAAUGAUGUGAUACGAUCCAUUCUGCAUUCACUCAAGUUCCACGAUAGUCUCAGUAAAGCAAACAUCACUAAAGAAGCAGAUUGGAAUGGAUACAUUUGUACAUUAGAAGAUUCGUUGGCCUGGACCAAGGAAAACUAUCCAAAAUUUGUUGCUGAAUUGGAUCAAAAGAAUUGGCAAAGUGAUAUUGUAUAUUGGAAUGACAGUGGCAUGAGACUCAAAUGGAAGGAGCAUGAGCUGGCUGAGGAAGACAUUCAAAUCACAAAUUAG